UUCAUUUAUUUAAAAAAUAAAUUAUAUAAAUAGAUGUGGAGAGCCACACUCCAGCAACAGCAACGCUGCACUUAUUGCCACACAAUCUCCAUUGCAUUUGCUGCACACUUCUUAUCUUCUUCUCCAAGAGAGUUGGGUAAGGGUUCUCCACCAAUGGCCUUGCCCGCUGCCGCCGGACUCCAUGGAACCGGCAAGGCAACAGCGCCGUCGCUUCCGCCGGGGAAUUAUUCCGUCGCCGGCCUGAGGCUUCCGGCGGACCGGUUCGCUCUAAAGUCUUCCUUCUCCGCUCCAUCACUGCACUUGUUCAUGCCUUCUCAGUCUCAGUCUCAGGUGGCGUCCACCUCUCCUGCGACGGCGCCCAAAUUCUCGAUGCGAGUAGCUUCCAAGCAGGCCUAUGUUUGCCGUGACUGCGGGUACAUAUACAAUGACAGAACCCCCUUCGAGAAGUUGCCUGAUAAGUACUUCUGCCCUGUGUGUGGAGCCCCAAAAAGGAGGUUUAAGCAGUACACCCCAGCAGUGUCUAAAAAUGCAAAUGAAACAGAUGUAAGGAAAGCCAGAAAGGCACAGCUCCAGAGAGAUGAAAGCAUUGGGAAGGCAUUGCCGUUCGCAGUUGCACUGGGAGCUGCAGCAUUAGCUGCUUUGUAUUUCUAUCUCAACAGUGCCUACUGAGACCAGACCAGAUCAUUAUUUAUUGGAGCAAGAAUUUUUUUGAACACAUGAAAGAAAACAUAUAAUUAUAUAUGUAGGAACAAAUUAGUGCCACCCAUCAUCCUCUAUUGCAUUUGCAACUUGUGCUUUUGUUUUGUACUAACUAAUUAAUACUAUUCGUUUCCAAAUAAA